GCCGGUUUUCCUCCCGGUGUGGUUAACGUUGUGCCCGGUUAUGGACAUACAGCCGGUGCCGCAUUGACUGAGCACCUGGAUGUCAAUAAGAUUGCAUUCACCGGAUCCACGGAAGUGGGAAAACUGAUCCAAAUCGCGGCCGGGAAGUCAAACAUGAAACGCGUGACUCUGGAAACGGGCGGCAAAUCACCGCUUAUUAUCUUCGACGACGCGGACAUCGAUGAAGCCGUUGUCACUGCUCAUUCGACAGUUUUUGCAAAUUCAGGUCAGAUUUGUUGUGCGCCCACAAGACUCUACGUUCAGGACACCAUUUACGACACGUUUGUCGAAAAGGCCGUAGAAUUAGCUCAGAAGCGAGUGGUCGGUGACCCCUAUGAGGCCCACACACAACAGGGCCCUCAGAUAGACGGCACACAGUUUGACAAAGUGUUACAACUUAUAGACACCGGUCGUAAAGAAGGCGCAAAACUAUUGACUGGUGGCCAGAGAUGGGGAACCAAAGGCUACUUCAUUCAGCCGACGGUUUUCGGUGACGUGACGGACAACAUGACUAUAGCCCGGGAGGAGAUCUUCGGACCCGUGCAGUCCAUCUUCAAGUUUAAGACAUUGGAGGAAGUGAUUGAAAGGGCUAAUGACACGACCUAUGGGUUAGCUGCCGGUGCCUUCACUAAAGACGUGAACAAAGCACUGGUAUUGACCCGGGAGGAGAUCUUCGGACCCGUGCAGUCCAUCUUCAAGUUUAAGACAUUGGAGGAAGUGAUUGAAAGGGCUAAUGACACGACCUAUGGGUUAGCUGCCGGUGCCUUCACUAAAGACGUGGACAAAGCACUGGUGUUGAGUCAGGCAUUAGAGGCCGGGUCUGUUUGGAUCAACACUUACAUGGCUUUCGGCCCUCAGAUACCGUUUGGUGGAUACAAACAAUCGGGUUUUGGCCGAGAGUUGGGUGAAGAGGCUCUACACGAGUACAUCGAAAUCAAAUCGGUUGUCAUCAAAACGGAUCAGAAGAUUUCC